AGCGUGAGGGGAAAAAUAGUCACAGCGAAGGGGAUUCCCGAGCCAAAGACCUUGGCUUUAGUGGAAGGUUUUUGUCUUGUCGCCAGUGUUGAAGAUGAGUCUGGAGUGGGUGGUUUUCGUUCUCCUGGUCGUUGCAGGCAGCGGCCGGGCGCAGUCCGUGGCCUCCGAGUGCCCGACGCCCAACGGCUUCUUCGCCGACGCCGAGCAGUGCGACAAGUACUACCACUGCGUCGAUAACGUCCUCACGGAGAAGGUCUGCCCCGACGGGAUGGCGUUCAACGACCUCAACCCGAAGGUGGAGAAGUGCGACUUCCUCUUCCAGGUCAACUGCGAAGGGAGGCCCAAGCUGCAGAACGCGAAGCCCUCCGAGAACUGCCCCCGCCAGAACGGCUACUUCCCCCACCCGGAGUCGACCAACUGCCACCAGUUCUACUACUGCACGGGCGGCCACAGCAGCCAGCUGACCUGUCCCGAAGGCCUCUCCUUCUCCGACAAGAGCGGCACCUGUGUGUGGCCCGACCAGGCGGGGCGGUCCAACUGCGUGUCCGAGAAGCUGCUCAACUUCACGUGUCCGGCGCUGCCCCCGUCCUCCACGGAAGUCCACCCUCGCUUCGCCGACCCCGACGACUGCCAGUACUUCUACGUGUGCAUCAACGGCAAGGAGCCACGGAGGAACGGCUGCGCGUUCGGCCAGGUCUUCAACAACCUGACCAAGGACUACUACACCGAAUACUUCGACAACUACUUCUCGACGCUGAAUGCCGAGCAGGGCGGCCGCGUGAGCACUGACGUCAUCGCCGCCGCCAUCGCCUCGGGCUACCCCGUGCCCAGACACCGCAACCGAGUCCGCGUCCAGCCGGGCCAGGCCGCCCAGGGGGAAGCGCCCUCGAGGCCGGCCGUCGAGGAAGAGGAAGAGCCGGAGACGCUGCGAAGGCCCGUCGCGCCCGUCGAGCUACCCUGAGGAGGCAGGCCCUGACGUCGAGCCCGCGAAGCCGCCCUCUGUCACCAGGAACACCCUCCCGAUCCUCUCCAGGAACUGAGCGGGUGCGGCUGCAGGCGGCCUAGAUUGAUUCAUAGUAUUUUCUCUCUGUUUCUUUCUUUUUUUUUCUUUAUUCGGAUAUCUCUCCGUCUCUCUUUCUCUAUCCUUCAAAACAUUAUUUCCUCCUUCUGACCCCUUCCCCUUUCUUUAUUUCUUUAAUGUGAGAACCAGGCGAGAGGAAAUAAAGCAAAUGUUUGAAUGCAUGAUGUCUGUUGAAUCUGUGUCUGAAUGCAUGCACACGACUUAAGUCUGAAUGUAGUUUGGAAGUCGUUUAUUCGUAUCCAAAAUUAUGUUCUUGAAAUCAGUAAAAAAAAAAAAAAAAUUUGCGGUUUUGUUUUCUACCUGUCUAUAUUUUCAGUGUAUUGUACAUAUGUCUAUAUGUGUUGUACAGAUUUUUAUAACUGAUUUGGUUGAUCAAUCUACUCGAAUUGACACAUAUCUAAAAUCAGGAGAACAAAUGUAUUGACUUUUACAGUAAUAAAAAGACCAUCUACUCUA